AUGGAAGGAAACCUGUCCAAAUAUGCCCUCAUCUUCCUCGUCCUUGCGCUGUCAGGAGUCAUCUUCCUCUUGCAGAACAUUCACACUCUGGAGCUCCAGAGCAGCAUCAGUUCCGUCUUCAAGCCCUCUGGACCCUUCCUGCCUCGCAGCUACUGUCCCAACCUGGGCCAGGAGGCGUCCCGAGUGGAGGCCCAUGAGGAGCGCUACCUCCUGGAGUCCAUUUCUUGGCCUGCGCUGGGGGUGCCGGUCCGCCAGAGCAGCGACCCGGCUCGCAGUUAUUUUGUGAUCCAGCCGCCCACCAACAUCUCGGGCCAAGCCACGUGGCGGGUGGGCGGCAAGCUGGAAGUGCUGGUCCACAUACAGAACUUCCUGGGCCAGCCCAAGAGGUAUGGCGGGGACUUCCUGCUGGCCCGGAUUCGUUCCCCAGAGAUUGGUGCCGGUGCAUCGGGCCGGGUCGUGGACCGGCAGGAUGGCCUGUACGCGGUGGAGCUCCCGCUGCUGUGGGCGGGGGCCGCGCAGGUGGAGGUGAAGCUGGUGCACUCAAGCGAGGCGGUGGCCGUGCUGCGGCGCUUGAGGGAGGAGCGGCCGGACCGCGUUUUCUUUAAGAGCCUCUUCCGCUCCGGCUUCCUGUCCGAGACCACCGUCUGCAACCUGUGCCUGCCCACCGGACCCCGUCAGCCGGCACUGUGCAACUACACAGAUCCGCACACAGGUGAGCCCUGGUACUGCUACAAACCCAGGAUGCUGGACUGCGACACGCGCAUCAACCAUGCCAAAGGGGGACUACAAGAAACACCUGCUCACCCCCACAGAGUCAAUGCUGUUCUUGAGCUCUACCAUCAAAGCUCCAGUCCAAGCCCUCGGAAUGGACAACAUAACUAUUUUGCCCGCAGUGAAAGAGACCAGGCAAAGUUCCUGCCGUCUGGGUAUUACUACCAGGGUUCUUGGAGACCUUUAGCUGGAAUCCCAAUACAACAGUUCAAUGACUCCUCCGCCAUUACCCAGUGUCUUCACGGAAAAUUGUUUUACAUGUAUGGAGACUCUACGGUUCGACAGUGGUUUGAGUACCUCAACGCCUUUGUUCCAGAACUGAAGGAAUUCAACCUCCACAGCCCAAAGAACGUGGGGCCCUUUAUGGCUGUAGACAGCGUCCACAACAUCCUGCUGAAGUACCGCUGCCACGGCCCGCCCAUCCGCUUCUCCACCGUCUCCUCCAGCGAGCUGCGCUAUGUGGCCAACGAGCUUGACGGCUUGCCAGGCGGCCAUGACACCAUUGUGGCUCUGAGCAUCUGAUCGCACUUCAGUACAUUCCCCGUAGGACUGCGCCAUAUCCGCCGCGCCUUAGCCCGCCUUCUGGACCAGGCGCCAGGCACGCUGGUGGUGGUGCGCAGGGCCAACCCGCAGAAGCUGGACCCGGACUACAGCCUGUACAACAGCGACUGGUUCUCCGUGCAGCUGGACUCUGUACUGAGGGCCAUGUUCCGCAGCCUGCGGGGGGUGGUGCUGCUGGACGCGUGGGACAUGACUCUGGCGCACCCCACCCAGCCCCACCUUCUGCACCCUCCCCCAGACAUUGUGAAGAACAUGAUCGAUCUCAUCCUGUCCCACAUUUGUCCAGCCAAACAGGAGCCCUUAAAAUCACGUAAGAUCAUAUUUAUUUAAUCUUGUGUGCACAACUUAUUAUCUUGUGGAAACAAGUUACUUAUCAAGAUGCUUACCUUGUUACCACAAAUUAUAAUUGUGUUAUGCGCACAAGAUAACAACUUGUUCCCACAA